AUGGACUCUGGACUUGGGUUCUGCCUCUUUGUCUUGCUGAGGAUAAUUCUACUUGCCACAACAGCUUUAUCACAUAAUCUUGAAGCAGACCUCUUCCAAGAUUUGAUGAAAGACUAUAACAAGAAUGUCCGUCCCAUGGAGAACAGUGGAGAUGUUACCAAAGUCCACAUCAAGAUGACCCUGACAAACCUUAUUUCUCUGAAUGAAAAAGAGGAGGCCUUGACAACGUGUGUAUGGAUAGAAAUGGAAUGGUGUGACUACCGGCUGAGGUGGGACCAGAUGCCCAGGUCAGCUCUCUAUGGAAAUAUAACGUCUCAACUCAGAAUGCCAUCACAAAGCUUAUGGCUGCCAGACGUCAUCCUGGAAAAUAAUGUGGAUGGACAAUUUGAAGUGGCUCUUUACUGCAAUGCCCUCGUCUCUCCUGAUGGCUGUGUCUACUGGUUACCACCUGCCAUUUACCGGAGUGCAUGCACCAUCACUGUCAACUACUUUCCUUUUGACUGGCAGAACUGUACCAUGGUGUUCCGUUCUCAGACGUACAGUGCAAACGAGAUAGAGUUAGUUCUGAAACAAGAAGACAACUACACUUUAGAGUGGGUGGAUAUCGAUCCAGAGGCAUUCACAGAAAAUGGUGAGUGGGCGAUCAAACACAGACCUGCAAAGAAGCUGAUCAACCCCCAAUACACUAAAGAUGACCUGGAGUAUCAGGAGGUGGUGUUUUUCCUCAUCAUUCAGAGAAAACCACUUUUCUACAUCAUCAACAUCAUCUCCCCUUGUGUGCUCUUCUCCUCCCUUGGGCUGCUGGUAUACUAUUUACCAGCUAAAGCUGGGGGUCAAAAGUGUUUUAUGUCCAUUGCCACUCUCCUUGGCCAAACUGUCUUUGUUUUCCUGAUUGCUAAAAAAGUACCAGAAACAUCACAAGCUGUCCCUCUGAUUGGAAAAUAUCUGAUGUUUGUGAUGUCCGUGACAACUAUGGUGGUGAUGAACUGUGUGAUAGUUCUUAAUGUCUCCCAAAGAACCCCAAACACUCACAAAAUGACAGACAAAGUGCGAAAGAUCCUCCUCAACACAUUGCCUCGUCUACUAAGGAUGCAGAUGCAACCUUGGACGCCAGAGCAAGACAUUGUUUCAGAAGUCGGGAAUGGUCACGCAGCCAGUAGAAAUUAUGUUUACGUGCCUCACUAUAGACGACGCAGCUCAAUGACUCUCAUCAUGAAAGCAGAGGAAUACAUGUUAAAAACCUCACGCUCCGAACUCAUGUUUAAAAGACUCAGAGAGAGAAACGGGCUCAUCAAGUCUGUACUGGACAAACUGCAUAAUGGUCUUGAAGGUGGGACGACUGAGCAUCUCUGUGCCAGUUUAGCAAAUGCCUCAGUUGACCUAAAGCAGUGUGUAGCAUCCUGUAAGCACAUAGCGGUGACGGCAAAACAAAAGAAUGUCUUCCAGAAUGAAAAUGAAGAGUGGUUCCUUGUGGCACGUGUGAUUGACAGGGCCUGUUUCAUAGUGAUGGCGCUGGUGUAUUGGAUUGGCACAGUGGCCAUAUUCUUGACGGGACAUUUCAAUAAAGCACCAUUGUCGCCUUUUCCUGGAGACCCAAAGACCUAUCUUCCCCCAACAAACAACCUUACAGAGAGUGGCACAGCAACUGAAUAUUUGGGUUAA